UUUACCCCAUUCUCUUUGUAACAUUGUGUUAAGAAAAUAGCAAUGGUGAUGGUUGUAGGAAUGGAGGAUAGAAAGAAACAAGAUAAAUUACAGGCAGUAUGGUUUGCUGCUGGAGUAGCUGCUUUAAUGGCAUGUUUGGAACGUGCUAUGUUAGUUUCCUUUGUAGAGCAGUGGCGAGUAAUUGCAUUUCUUGCUCUUAAUCUCUUGCUUUUAGCUAUUCUUUUCACAUCUAGAAGUACACCAAUUACUCCAAUAGUUGAAGAAACCAGCCCAGAAUGCAUCAGUGACACUACUGAACAAUCCAAGAUUGAGAAGAAGAGGGUGGAAGAAUGCAAGAAACGUUUGGUGGUGCCUUUAGUAGAUGAAGUAUUUGAAGAAGUAACAAAGGAAGUCAAAGAGGAUUAUACAAUAGUAAUAGACAAGAGGGAAAACAAAGAAGACCAAUUAGAUGAAUCUAUAGAUGAAACUCAGCAAAUUUCAAUGGAGGAAUUAAAUGAGAGAGCAGAGGCAUUUAUAGCAAUGUUCAGACAACAUUUAAUAUCUGAUGCAAAGGCUUAUAGUUAUAGCAAAAGCUGCAGAAUUCGAACUCCAAUUACACUCAAAGGAGGUGACAAAAAUUUUACCACCAUUUAUUAAUUAGGCCAACUAGUCUUGUUGGUGAUCAAGGUGGUUCUUCACAUUCAAAAUAGCAUUUUAUUUACUCUUUGUAAUGCUAAACAUUUUUUUUUUUCUGAAUAGAAGACCUAUCUUGAUCUUUA